AUGAAAUUUGAUAUGAUGUAUGAUGACAAACGUAAAGGACUACCCACAAUUCGUAUCCUGUUAAUACUGAAAUAUCCCGUUACUGGUGCAACAUAUGGCAGUGGCUGCGACACCGCCCUAUUGGGUGCGGGGGGCCGGAGGGGCACUGGAUGCUCCGCGGGGACCAAUGCCCCUUCCACGAAUCACCUGGGCAGUGCCACUGGCAGCUGUAACGGAACUGACAGACGUACAAGGAGUGCCUCGUAUCCGACUCGGCCCAAGCAUCGAGUGACGAAUUGGUCGUUCUUGUUCGAUCCCGCCGGACGGUUUAUCUACUAUUGGUCAAUGGUCGUCUCAUUGGCAUUUCUCUACAAUUUCUGGGUCAUCAUAUACAGAUUCGCAUUUCAGGAAAUUACGAGAGACACACUCUCGACGUGGUUCGCACUAGAUUACUUCGCUGACUUCCUGUAUCUCUUGGACAUUAUGAUUCAUUUCCGGACUGGCUACUUAGAGGACGGCGUCCUUCAGACGGACGCGGUCAAAUUGAGGCAUCAUUACAUGAAUUCAACGACAUUCUACAUAGACUGCUUAUGUCUUCUACCAUUGGACUUUCUAUAUUUAUCCAUAGGAUUCAAUUCAAUACUCAGGUCGUUUCGUCUAGUCAAAAUUUAUCAGUUCUGGGCCUUCAUGGACAGAACAGAAAGGCAUACGAACUAUCCAAAUUUAUUCAGAUCGCUGAGUCUUAUUCAUUACUUGUUAGUGAUAUUUCAUUGGAAUGGCUGUUUAUAUCAUAUAAUAGCAAAAAAUAAUGGUUUCGGUAGUAAAAAUUGGGUCUUUCAUGACUCGGAGAGUUCUGACGUUGUGAAGCAAUACUUGCAGAGUUAUUACUGGUGCACGUUGGCGCUCACCACGAUAGGUGAUUUGCCAAGGCCUCGUAGUAAAAGUGAAUACAUUUUUGUAAUUGCUCAAUUAUUAUUCGGUUUACUAUUAUUUGCCACAGUACUUGGACAUGUGGCGAACAUUGUCACAUCGGUUAGUACAGCGAGGAAGGAGUUUCAGGCAAAACUGGACGGUGUGAAGACCUACAUGCGCAUCAGACGGGUUCCUCAGAAGCUGCAAUUCAAGGUGAUAAAAUGGUUCGAUUAUCUAUGGUUGACGCAAAAGUGUUCGGACGAAGAACGAGCUGUCAGCUGUCUGCCGGAUAAAUUGAAAGCAGAAAUUGCUAUCAACGUUCAUCUGGACACGCUGAAACGGGUCGAAAUAUUCCAAAACACGGAAGCUGGAUUUCUCUGCGAGCUCGUGCUCAGACUGAGGCCUGUGCUGUUCUCACCAGGAGACUUUAUCUGCAGGAAAGGUGAAGUCGGCAAGGAGAUGUACAUAGUGAAUCGGGGCAAACUCCAAGUGGUGGCUGAUAACGGCAAGACGGUGCUGGCGACGCUCAAAGCAGGCUCGUAUUUCGGCGAAAUUAGCAUCCUAAACAUGGGCACUGCAGGAAAUAGAAGGACAGCAAGCGUCCGAUCUGUGGGCUACAGUGACCUCUUCGUGUUAAGUAAAAAGGACAUGUGGGACGUCCUUAAGGAAUAUCCUAUGGCCAGGAUACGACUUGAAGCAAUAGCUUCAAAGCGAUUGCUGAAAUACGAAGGAGAUAAGACAGCAAACGAGCAAUAA